CCGUUCAUUCGUCUUUUGAAAUUCGCUUCGAACGGUUGUCAGUCUCUGGACUUUUGUACAACCAGUUCGAGCCAAAAACUUAACUCCGCGCGAAAAGCAUAGGAAAUACAUCGCUAGGAAAUAUUAAAGAACAUUGAUACUUGGAUAUAAAAACAUUUUUCACCCAAAAACUUGACUUAUGCUUAAGUGAAGAAGCAGAACCUGAGGAUUCUACUAAUUGGACAAUAAACAGUUAAGUCACCAUAAAAUCUACAACCCGCGCGUUUUCUGGUUAAUGAAUUAAAAGAAAAAAGUGUGCGUGUGCUACAAGUGGAUAUAAAACUCGAUUUCUGGGCCCCCGAUUUUUUGGUUGCAACACACACAUUGUAACGGGAAGUGGCUCAACAAGUGGCUCGGGGAUUAUCUAAUAAAACCCCUACUACCGAAAAUCAUACAAAUCAUAUAGAUUAAACGGGGCAGCAGCAACAACAAAAUAAAUAUAUCAAUUUUAAAACAACCAAAGACCCAAUGUGUGUGUAAGUUAGUGCCUGCAUAUGUAUGUGUGUGAGUCGAGAAACGCAGAACAGCAGCAACAACAAUAACAAGAGCGACUACAACAACGCUACAACGGCAACGUCGACAGCACGCAACAACAACAGCAACAACGGCGGCUGUGAGUGCGACGGAGACGGCAACAGCGUGAGUCAUUUAAGUGAAAUGAAAAUGCGGAUAAAGCGAGAAGCGCCGUGUCUUCUGUUAUUUAUGCCAAUCCAAAAUACCAACAACAACAAUCGUAUUGGUGCCAAUCAGAAGGACUAUCCCAACAAGCGGUCCAGGGAGAAUCUGGCAUGUGACGAGGUGACAUCGACGACGUCAUCUUCCACGGCAAUGAACGGCGGCGGACGGACGCCGGCGCUAACCCGCAGCUGCUCCAGUCCGGCGGUCUACGAUAUAGAAACACAUCCCGCCUCGCCCGUGUUCCCGCAUCUAUUGCUGGGCAAUGGCCGCGAUGCCAACGAUCCCAGCAGCGUGGGCGCCAACUGUGUGCUGAAUGUUACCUGCCAAAGUCCCAAUGAGAGCCAUCUGCAGGGCCUCAAGUACAUGCAAAUACCUGCCAGCGAUACGCCCCAUCAGAACAUUAAACAGUACUUCCAGGAGGCCUACGACUUCAUCGAAGAUGCACGGAAAACGGGUUCCCGGGUGCUGUUGCACUGCCACGCGGGGAUUUCACGCAGCGCCACCAUAGCCAUCGCCUACGUCAUGCGCUACAAGUCGCUCUCCCUGCUGGAGGCCUACAAACUGGUGAAAGUGGCCCGGCCGAUCAUCUCGCCCAAUCUGAACUUCAUGGGCCAGCUGCUGGAGCUGGAGCAGAAUUUGCGCAAGAGUGGCAUCCUGGCGCCCGCAACCCCGCUUCUGAAUAGUCCUAGUAAUCCGUCAGGAUCUUCGGUGGGUUUAAGUACCUCGUCUAGUCAACUGGUGGAGCAGCCGGAGCAGGAGGAGAUCGAGGAGAAGCGGGAGCAGCGGGACCGCGGCAAAUCCAAGUCGGAUAGCGAGGCCAUGGACGAGGAUGUGUACGACUACGACGAUGUGGACAGUGGUGCCGGCAGCCUGGCGGGCAGUAAUUGCUCCUCACGACUAACCUCACCGCCGAUUACACCGGAAGACGAGGCGCCCAGCACUUCGGCGGCAGCUUCCACAGUCUCUGAACUGGAUUCACCCAGCUCCACAACCAGCAGCGGAAUCUGCACCCUGCUGCAGUCCACCAGCUCCUCCGAAUCCUGCGCAAUCAGCAAGCCAAACCUGCUGUCGCCCACGAGGCAGCUGGCACUGUUUAAGCGGAAUUCGCCCGCCAAACUGCGAUUAAAUCUGGAGUCCAGUUAUGCGCCCGCGUCACCCAUCCCAAAGUCCAUGCUCCAUACUCCCGUCUGCGAGGAGGCGCCGGAAGGCAGGAACAUCCAUUUGGCCGGCAACUCGACGAGGGACUGAGAUAGGAUCCCCGCGAGAAGUCGCCGCCAACUAGCAGCUGUGAAACGAAAAAAAAUGUACAGCCAAUUGCCACAUUCUUUAUGAUCAAAAUCAGAUUCGAUAAUACUGUACUUCUCUUUAAAAACAUGUAAAAUAUGACCACGUUUUAAGUUUUUUAUCACUUUUGAACUACUAAAACUUAAGAAUAUUUUACCUGGCUGUAAGAAAAUAUGGAUUAUAUCAAAUCAAAAACGGCAAGAGGGCUGCUACUUCCUAUACAAAAAGGUGAUGCUAAAUGAUUUAGGGUCACCUGUGAAACGUGUAAAUAAGAACGUUCAUAAACUGUACAUACAAGCGUACCUAAAACGAAACACACAUGGAAUAGGAAUACAAAUUGCAGCUUAAACUACUUGCAAUACUUGUUAAAGGCUUUUGUAAUGUAUUUCUUCGCAACCCUGAACCAACACAGAACAUAACAACUAAAGUAAUCCAAAACAACAAACUGGAGAAAUUGUUUGAGAAGAAAAACAAACCUCGUAUAUGUUAAUUUAGUUUAAUUUUAGUCGUAAGCGAAACUUAACUAUACCUACUACACACAUAAACUAUAUUAAAAUUCACAUAGAACAAUGAAAAUCCAAAAUGCACUGCAACUAUUUCUGCUGACUUGCCACACAACACGUACUCCCCUACCCAACUCCCAAAAAUAUAAGAAACCCCGCCAUAUACACAGCAAAGAUCUUAUCAAAACUGUUCUAAGUUUUAUCAAUCCGCUAUAGCCACACCACACUAUAAACUUGCAUGUAAUUUAGUUACUUCUUGAAAGUGAGGAAAGUUUGUGUUUUCUAGUUUUAGUUAUUUAUAUAAAAGAGCGCGUGAGAGUAUAAUGAAUGCGAUUUAAUUCAUUUGAAUUAGGCAGUAAAUCUAAUAGGCUAAGCUACACUCGAAAUGUGUAACCCGUGUGUUAAGUAAACGGAAAUUAUAAUAGUAACCAAA